GACCACCGGCCACAAGCGCAGACACGCACACACAACCGCCGGUCGAUCGGUCUCGCCCUCCCGCCUAUCCCCCGUCUGCCGUCUCCAUCCUUUCUUUUCCGAUGACUCCUCCUCUUCACUCUCCUGAGCUUAUCUUCCUUCCCCACACGUCAAGAACCUUGUGACACCUCGCCACCGGCUCCGCCUUUAGCCUCCCCUCUUGUGUCAUUGUGUGGCACUGGCACACUAUAAAUCCCAGCCUCUCCCCGCUCUUCACCUAGCUAGAGAGGAGACACCGCGAAAGGAACGGACCCAGGGAAAGAUCGAGAGGAGCGAAAAAAAGAGAGAAACUCUUCGCUUUUGGACUUCGAAUCCAUCGUGAUCUCAUAGUCGCGAGCACAUGAGGAUCCACCCAGCAUCUCCCACCGUCGUCGGCGGCGGUGGCGGCAAGAAGGACCUCCGGCGUCUGCCGCACGUGUACAGCAAGGUGCUGGAGCUGCCGCUCCCGGCGGACACCGACGUCGAGGUGUUCGAAGGCCCCGACGCCUUCCACUUCGUCGCGGCGCCGCCCGCCGGCGGUGGUGCGCGUGGCGCCGGCGUCGUGCGGGUGCGCACCGUCAGGAUCCACCCCGGGGUCACCAAGGUCGUCGUGCAGGCCGGCGACGCCGCCGAGGGGGUUGCUGACGACGACGACGCCGGCGACAGCAUGGAGCUCGACAGGUGGCGGUCCCGCCUGCCCGAGCCGAGCUGUCCGGCCAUGGCGGUGGCUGGGUACGUCGACGGCCAGCUCGUCGUGACAGUGCCCAAGGGCCCCGGUGGCGGUGAAGGCGGCGACGGCGGGCAAGGUGAGGUUACCUGGAGGUGCAGUGGCGGGGGGAAGAUUAGUGGAAGACUGGUGCUUGUACAGUAGGAGCAGUGGAGAAGUAGAUGUCUUGCCAUCUUUGUUUUUUUGGUAAAGAUGAGCUGUUCAUCAUGAGCUUUGUUCUUCUUACUGCUUCUCAAGCAUAUGGAAAGCAGCUACUGUAAAUUAUCUUUGGUUGCCUUGAAAUCAAAUGUAAAUUCUGGAUAAAACUGUAUUGGGGAUGUGUGCCCACCAGAUGCAACUUGGAUUUUAUCAUGGUAGAUAAGAUUUGGUGGAGCUUAAUCUCUUAGACCAGAUCUGAUCAGUUACUGUUUCUGAAGAUCAGGUGCAAAGUGGACCACUUGGUUGGUGCUGCAUGUCACAUGGAUUCAUCAAACCUCUCCAUUUUGAUGGCCCACGGUUUGCAGCAUAGUGUCUGUAGUCCUACCUAAGAUAAGAUAGUCGUUCUGGUACAAGGGGUAUAAAUCGCAAAAAUAGCAAUGGUUUCAGGAAAUAGUUUUAUGUACUGCUACGAAACCAAAGGCACUGCAGCUUGAUGAUCCAUGUUCAAGAAGAGUAUACUUUUUUUUAA